CCCUACCGCCUGGAGACGGAGGAGAAGAUCUCGUCUGCUGCCUGUGGCUAUGGGUUCACUCUCCUGUCCUCUCGCACCCGGGACCUGACCAAAGUCUGGGGCAUGGGCCUCAACAAGGACUCGCAGCUCGGUUUCCAGCGCACCCAGCACAACAGCAACAGCAGCUACGAGUACGUGCUGGAGCCCUCGCCCGUCGCGCUGCCCCUGCGCAGGCCGCAGGAGACCCGGGUGCUGCAGGUGGCCUGCGGCCGCGCCCACUCGCUGGUCCUCACCGACAACGAGGGCGUGUUCAGCCUGGGGAACAACGCGUACGGGCAGUGUGGGAGGAAGGUCGUGCAGGACGAAGUUUACAGCGGCAGUCACGUGGUCCACAGGAUCCAGGGCUUCGACAGCAGAGUGAUCCAGGUGGCCUGUGGUCAGGAUCACAGCCUGUUUCUGACUGAAGACGGCCAGGUUCAUGCCUGUGGCUGGGGCGCAGAUGGUCAGACAGGACUGGGGCACCACGCCGUCAGCCCGCAGCCAGCGCGCGUGUGCGGGGAGCUGGAGGGGGUGCGGGUGAGGCAGGUGACCUCGUAUGGGGACUGCAGCCUGGCUGUGUCCCAGGACGGGGAGCUCUUCGGCUGGGGCAACUCGGAGUACCUCCAGCUCUCGGCUGUCACCGAGGCCACUCAGAUCAACGCUCCACAGCGCCUCCCCCUGCCCGGGGUGGGGCAGGUACAGCAGGCAGCCUGCGGGGGGACCCAGGUGGCAGUACUCAAUGAAAAGGGGGAGGUGUUCAUUUGGGGAUAUGGUAUUCUGGGAAAGGGGCCUGACCUAUCAGAGUCCAAGACACCAGAGAUGAUCCCGCCCACGCUGUUUGGACGCACACAGUUUAACCCUGAGGUGACUGUGGCACAGAUCCACUGUGGACUCAACCACUUUGCCGCUAUCACAAAUCGGGGAGAGCUCUUCGUCUGGGGCAAGAAUGUGAGAGGGUGUCUGGGCAUCGGGAAGAGAGAUGACCAGUACUUCCCAUGGCGGGUAAGAAACAGGGACACCUCCUGCUCCCAUGAGCCCCGGAAAGUAAAAAGCUAUGUUAAACCAGCCAUAUCUUCCCUUGUUUCUAAUCCCGUUUUUUUAAACUCAACACUCGCUGCCCACUGUAUUGAAAUCGUGGGAGCAGUGUGGCCGUCUGACCACUUGCACCUACCAGGUGGGGAGGUCCGGUGAAGGUUUGGUUUUGGGGUUUGUGGUUUGGGCU